AAAGGGACUUUUUAGAGUUGGAACUGUUGUUAACUUCCCUCUCCCAUGCAUCAGUGACAAGUGAAAUUUAAGAAGAACCUGGGUAGGGAGGAACAUGGACCCCUACACCGUAUACCUUGAUGUCCUAAGGACCUUGGUCCGUGUAAUUUGGGUGAGAAGAGUCGUUUGUGUUCAGCCAGCCCAUUACGGGGGCGUGCAGUAUCUUCAGCCGGUCACGUUAUGCAUAUUGAGAUGUUACUGCCGUGAUAGAUAUAACAACCGGAUAUGCAUCCAUAUAGAUAUGGGGCAAACUAAAUGACUUGUUUUGGUGGACAUGUCCUCAUUAUUCCUUAGCUCGGCCACCAAGCGAGACGUGUGUCAGCCGAGGGUUAUUUCUUGUAAGGGAGAGACAGUGCCGCGUAAUGAAUGAGACACUGACCUAGCUUUAUAUUUAUCUUAGGUUUGAAAUGUUUAUAGAUGUAUUGCUUAACGCUUUUCAUAUGAUAUUGCUGUGACAUUUAAAUAAGUAAGGACCUAUCACUUGAAUCACUAUAUGAUGGACCAGACGUACGACUGGGAAGAGCUGAAGUGGAAAACCAAGGCAAUAGCGGUCAUUUGUCCGUCAUCUUUCCUGUUCUUCUUCCUGGUCAAGCGACUGGUCAAGGCGUACGGCAUUCCGCGUGCGUGUGCCGCCAUUCCAGACCGCUGGAGUAACUACGCGACGUCAUGUUUUCACGCGCUGGUUUGCGGGGUGGCCGCACUGGCGAUCGUUCUGACGGGGGAUGGGUGGAUGGAAAGCAGCCCGCAGUCUUUUUAUCUACACUGCGUUGCCGCAGGAUAUUUUGCUUACGAUACCCUAGACAUGUGGAUUAGUGAUGAACCGAUAGGGAGCACUGAUAUGUACGCUCACCAUGUGCUGAUAUUUUUCUUCAUCACGAUAACACAACUACCGCCAUGCGGCAGAAUAAACGUUUACUGUGCCAUAGACUACCUAAGCGAGCUUUCCAAUGUCUUCCUGCACGCCAGAAAACUACUGUCUCUUCUAGGGAAACGAGGAACGGCUGUUUAUCUCAAUAUCAACAUCUUAUACUUUGUGUCAUUUUUCGUCUUCCGAUUCAUCCCGCAAAUGCUGAUGUUUGCAAUGAUGCACGUGGACCUGUGGAACUCCAAACUUUCUUUGUUCUGUUACCUCAUCGUCAUCCCCCAGCAGUCGUUGCUGGUCAUCAUCGGUUCCCACGUGGCCUACAAAAUAACGAUGAGGACAAUUGGCGGGAAACACGCUGCCCGGAAACCGACUGGCGUGUCACGUGAUGGAGAUCCGUCUGUCGAGAAGCAAGAAUGAGCCAAAUUUGACAGUCAGACGAAUAAAAACCUGCACCUUUACUGACAACUAAUAUGUCUCAUUCAAAAACAUUUUGAGUAAUAAUUUAUCAUACUGUGAAAAUGUCUGUUGCAUAUUUGAUUUUGCCCUUAUAGAAAGAAAAGACAAUACAGCUCGUAUUAUAGGGGAGACCGGGGCUAGUUGGACCCCGGGUUAAGUUGGCCCCCCGUCAUUUUAUGAAAAAGUAACUACGAGGU